CUUUCAAAAUGAAAUGAAUGAAACGCAAUGGACCGAUGUAUAAACAAAUAUCUGACAUUUAAACGCCAUCGAAUUUCAAUUCAAAGAAAUUAAAUUUCUUUGAUAAAACGCCAAAAGUCCCCUUCAGUGUGCGUGGGUUCAAUAUCAACCCGCGUGUUUACGGGACGUCCGUCAAUCACACGAGUUGCAGGUGCGCGGAAUCCUUCGCGAGUCUGGCUUAAGCUCCGCCCACCGCCAAUGCGAUUUAAGAAAAGUCGCGGUCGAAAGCUGAACUACGUUACUGACGAAUUUCAAAACUCGAAAGAUCUGAAAGAGGGCAGGACGCGCUCCAAUACUUUCUACUAUGUGUUCAGAUGAGGAGCGCACUAUGACCGGGGGCUCCGGUAACGGAAAGUUGCGUCAGUGGCUGAUCGAGCAGGUGGACAGCGGAAAAUACCCCGGUCUCGUUUGGGAAAACGAGGAGAAGAGCAUCUUCAGGAUUCCCUGGAAGCACGCGGGCAAGCAGGACUACAACAGAGAUGAGGAUGCCGCGCUCUUCAAGGCUUGGGCGCUGUUCAAAGGCAAGUACCGCGAGGGCAUUGACAAACCAGAUCCGCCAACGUGGAAAACGCGCCUUCGGUGCGCUCUUAAUAAGAGCAAUGACUUCGAGGAGAUCGUGGAGCGCAGUCAACUUGACAUAUCGGAUCCCUAUAAAGUGUACAGGAUCGUUCCAGAAGGAGCCAAAAAAGGUCCCAGAUCUGUAGAAGAAUCACAGUCUAAUUCAGCCUCACCCAGUUACCCAAUACACCCGACCUAUGCAGCUGCACCAUCUCAGGUGUGCAACUACAUUUCUCCAGCAGAGAGAGGAUGGAGAGAUUACUCCCCACUGUCUGAAAUACCUUACAGCCAGACCACGUACAGUGCACGCUGGGACCCUGGAUACCAGUUCAGUGGUUCGUUCUAUAGUUGCAAUGCAUCCGAUCCACAACCCUCACCCUUCUCCCUGGACUCAAGCAUGAGGUCGUCUGAGGCGUUGGCCCUCUCAGAUCACCGCAUACACGUGAUGGUGUUUUACCGGGAUACUUUGGUACGAGAGGUAACCGUCAGUAGCCCAGAGGGUUGUCAGCUUGGCCCUAGCAGAGAGGGACAGGGCUACAUUUCACCUGGGACCCCCGAGCUGGUGGAACUCCCUCACGCUGAAGGGACAUCUCUGGAGCGUGGCGUUCAGCUCUGGAUGACCCCAGAUGGGCUGUACGCCCGUCGUCGUUGCCCCUGCAGGGUUUACUGGGAGGGAGCUCAUGCACCACCUUCCAACAAACCCAACAAGCUGGAGAGAGACCAGACCUGUAAACUUCUGGACACCCAGCUGUUCAUUACAGAGUUACAGACUUAUACCCUGCAUGCUCGCCCUGCCCCGCGUUCACAAGUGUUACUGUUCUUUGAGGAUGAGGGAUCCGAAACGCAAAGACCCAAGAGGACCUACACAGUGCAGGUUGAGCCGCUGUUUGCUCGUCAGCUUUUCUUCCUCGCUCACCCGGGAAGCAUGAACUAUAUCCGCACCCAUGACUUUUCACACCUGCCACCUGAACACACCCUCAACCCAGGCCAAGAUUUUCACAGAGUCAUCACGCAUCACCAUAACAACGCUCCUCAAAAUUGACCCUUGAACAGCGUUGUUUUUAACACUGGGUUAAAGUCAAGUUUUAUUCCUGGGCUAAGCAACGUUUACACUUGCAUGAACGUAUGAAAAUGGUGCUAUCAUGGCUUUUAACCCCAGUUUGUGCGCAAAAUCAAUGUUAGGACCGUUUGAAGAGACAUUUGGACAAGCAGUUACAACAGGUGUGUGCUCAUUAGAUUCUGUAGGGGUCUAACAUAAAAAUGUUAAUCUGGAAUUUACAGACGCACAGCGUGAAAUUAUUGUGCAUGGCAAGAUGCACAGUGACUACCCAGUGAAACAUACCCAUAAUGAAUUGUGUGAGACAUGGAACAAGAAACCAGGAUUGUGUUAACAUAGGGUUAAAAUGAAAAAGCUCUUACAUUUUGGAAGCUAAAGCUUAACUGACUUAAAUCUGCAACAAUGGCUUGGAAAUGCUGCAGUGGGGCAAAAUCAUGUCCAAAAUCUCGAGUGCUA